AUGUCUACUGCUGCUGCUUCUGUACCGCCACCCGUACAACCUCACCCACAGGGCGCCGUCUUGGCUCCUUUACCACGCAUAACCAUCCAGUUCUGCACGCAGUGUAAAUGGAUGCUGCGAGCUGCAUACUACGCCCAAGAGCUCCUCUCCACAUUCUCCCUCUCCCUCGGCGAAGUCGCCCUCCAGCCCUCCACCGGCGGAACCUUCAUCGUCACAAUCCACACACCAGCAACAACUGCUUCUUCUUCUUCUUCUUCUCCUUCAGAACCCCCGUCAAUCCAAUCCACCAUUCUCUGGAAUCGCAAAACAGACCAAGGCUUCCCCGAGACCAAAGAGCUCAAGCGCCGCGUUAGAGACGUCAUUGAGCCGGGAAGGGAUUUGGGCCACGUUGAUCGGAACCAUCGUCGGCCUGCUGCUGAUGCUGCUGCUGCUGCUACGGAGACCAAGGCAGUAGCAGAAGGAGACGCAAAAAAGGAAGAAACAGAACCUGAGAAGAAGCAAGAUUCAGCAGCUUCGGGAGCUGGUAUUGUAUGCGAAGAUUGUAAUUAG